GUUGACGACCGCUGGUGGACAAAGCUCACAAAAGUGCAGGCUGCUGCGCACUAGCCAGACAUGCCUAUUCGCCCUUAUAACUAAACAGACAACGUUUAAAUAGUCACCAGCUGUUGGCCGCCGAAACGCGAAAUCGCCUAGCUAGAUAGAUAACUUACAGUCGUAUCAGAUUUUGUAAGCGUUUAUGUUAAAGGCCCUGAACAGUAUUUUUCAUCCUUACUCAAAAUGAGUGAGUAUGUGAUUAUCUUCAUACUUCCGCUUUAGACCAACAUUUAUUGGGUACUGCAGAGUGCACAAAAUAAACUAGGUUUAAAUUUUUGUUUUUGUAUACUGCCCCCUAACCACCGUUUAGGAGUUACACUUUAUUUGGUGUGACUUUAGAUGUCAGUGAGCUCACCAAUUCAAUAUCGCGAAUCAUAAACUGUCUUGUAUUUCAUAUUAAUGAUCUGUGGAAUAAUUUGACCUUCGCACAUUUCACUCCGCAUCGCUCUACUAGAGCAGCAGAUGGCACGCUUAUACAAAUGCUCAGUUUUUCAAUGCAAGCGGGAGGAAGGGUACUCUCUACAUUUUAUUCCAGAAAACGAGACCAAAUCAAAGUGGCUCGAAUUUCUUUCUGGGGUUGAAGUGACACCAAACACACGAGUAUGUAGCAGGCAUUUUACUGCGGACUCGUUUGAAAAUUGGGCUCAAUACACCUCCGGAUUUGCCAGCAGACUCAAGCUGAAAGCAACAGCUUUCCCGACACUUACUGCAGGUAGUGUUGAUGCUAAGUUGGGUACAUUACAGCUGCCGUCCACUGUAAAACAUGUAGGCUGCCAAACUGACCCCCCCAAAAGGGCAUCUGUUGGAACACAGCUGUCCAUUGGGACGCUGAAGCGGCAUGUGAGAAGCUCAGGUGUUUUGGCCGUUCCUCAGACCAAAGAGGCCGGAGUCGGCACAGACAGGCUAGUAAGCCGUCUCUUUAGGGAGCUGACGUCAGCCCCUGUUAAACCAGCAGUGCCGCCCCCAGCAGCCGUCUGUGAUGAAACCGGUCCUGCGCUUCCUCAGAUGAUGAUUGUUCCAGACGUGUCCUGGUUGAGCCGAGACGAGCAGCCGCCUGUGGAGAUAGAGGUGGAGUUAACCACAAGCAUAACAAGCAGGCCAUCAGCAUCUUCCCAACAGAACUGUCAGUGGACCAGCCAAGAUCCGCAGAACAAGCUAUCUGCAUUCGAUCAAGAAAAAAAAUCUCGGAGCAAUUAUGGGAAGCUGAGUAAAGAGCUUGUGCGUCAGUUGAUGUUCCAUUGUUGGGAAUGCUCCAGUGAGUGCUGUGUUCAAAGCAAAGGCAAAGGAGAUGGUUUCUCUCUCAGGCAAGAAUGUCUGCUUUGCUCUAGCUACAGAGUCUGGACCUCUCAACCAGCUGACAUACUAAGGGAGAAGGAGGCUGAGGUGAUGUCAUCUGAAGAUGAGGCAAAUGCUGAGGAGGAUGAAGACGCUGAUGCCCUGACCGAUGUGGAAGAAGAUGGAGAACCCGAUACAGACGAUUCAGACUACUUGCCCAGUUCCAAUAGUUCAGAGAGUUCUGAGGAGUAUGAAUUCAAUGAGGAGGGGUCCACCUCUCAUAAACCCUUUCAGACCACCUUUAGACCCCUCAUUUGGUGUUUGCACUGUCAGGCCCUUGCUGGGAUUCUCUGUACUACUAAGCGGCACCAAAGGAUCUAUGGAUGUCUGCAGUGUGUUUCUGGGGAUACGGCUGACACACUCUGUUUGGAGAACUUUGCUGUUCACUUCAACUACAGAACUGACUUUCACAAGCAUGCCAUUACUGAGCACGGUGCUUCAGAACAGGCACCUGAGCACAGGACUUGUGAAGACUGUGGCAAGUCAAGCAGGGUGGAAGAUGAACACCACGUGUGUGAAUGCAAGAUAAAACCUUUCUCCUGCAAGUUGUGCCCCAAACGUUUCCUCACCCAGAUUGGCCAUAAGGUGCAUUACCGUAGGCUCCAUGGGGACUAUAUGCACAUAUGUAAGUUCUGCCUGAUGGACUUUGAGAUGAAGCAGACCAAGAUCCAGCACGAGAGGGUCCAUAACACGCGAGGUUCACCAUACAGCUGUCCCAGCUGCCAGAAGAGAUUCAAAAAGUUCCACGAGCGAAACGCUCACCUUAAAAGCCACGGCGAGCAGAAAGUUUACCUCUGCAGCACCUGUGGCAUGAGCUUCAAGAGGAUAUCGAAAUAUGAGCAGCAUGUGCGCACUCACACGGGAGAGAAGCCCUACAUCUGCCAGGAGUGUGAACGUUCCUUCGCCCAGGCCAGCCACCUGAAGUCCCACAUGCGUAUCCACACAGGGGAGAAGCCUUUCAUGUGUGAGCAGUGUGGGAAGUGUUUCAACCACAACGUCAGCCUGAAGAAUCACCUGCUUCGCCAGCACAGCAUCCACCCUGCAUGUGAGCCCACAGAGGAGGGCAGACGGAUCGGGAGACCCUUCAGUGAUUUUCCUCUGAAGAAGAAAAUUAAGGAAUGUAAUAAAAGGAGUAAGAAGCAGCGUUCCGCUCCUAAUGAUGAGGAAGAAGCUUCAGGUUUUCCAAAAUCUGACUAUCAGGAGAAGAGCGAUGACUCUGACGGAGUGGAGUGGAGGGAACAACAUGCAAUCCAGAAGAGGAAAACUAAGAGAAGGAACCCCUGGAGAAAAAGGAGGAAGAUGAGUCAUGUGGAGGAGGAAACAUGACCUGUGUCCAGGACACAGCCAAGUGUAGCGUGAGGGCAAGCUAGCAUCAGUACUAGAGAUGGACAUUUUAUCAUUUCCGUGAUUGGAAGUGGUUGUGUAGAGGUCAUGGUGGAACAACUGAGGUUAUGUUUAAUUAAUGUUCCACAGUGAACCAAUUUUACAGCAUAAAUUGAACAGUGAGUGGAUGCAAAGGGGUUUUGAGUUGCUUGUAAAUUGUUAGCCUCCCCAGACAUCUUUCUUGAGUGUCACGUUUUAAAGGCCAACACAAGUACAUCCCGCACAUGGUUGCUAAGAGACCAACAGAAAUGUUCCACAUUCCAGUACAUCAGUCAGUUUAUUUCCGACUGUCACGACUUGUACGUUACAAUUUAAAAACUAUAAAAUAACAUACUUAGUAGGCUAAUAAAGUGUAUGCGAAACUGUUGUACAUUGUUCACGGUUCUUUUAAUAUGUUCAUUUGCUCCUUAUUGUUUUUGCAUCUCUUGCAGAGGCUGGAAAUCGUGAGUUUAACUACACUGUCUUUCUCCUGGACUUGUUUGGCAUGCUAGUAACAUGCCAUCUGCCAAGAUAUUGUUACAGCAAUGAUUGCGUUAAAUCGUUUACCUAUAAAUAUGUC